AUGGCAAACGUCUAUGCCAAAACCCCAUUUAUUGUUGGCGGUCAGAACACUAGAAUUGAAAACUAUCCCUCGCUAGUUCAAGUGGAAUAUUACUUGGGCUGGGGCUUCUGGAACCAGGAGUGUGGAGCCAGUAUACUGACUACUUACUGGGUACUGUCUGCUGCUCACUGCUUCGAGGGUUGGACUUACAGCCGCCAAAACACACGUAUUCGGGCAGGUGCUACCAACCGUCACACUGGAGGGAGUGUUCACAAUAUCGACUUCGAACGUAACCACCCUGAAUAUGGAAGAGCUUCCACCUUUGACGCUGAUAUUAGCGUCAUCAAGCUACGCACUCCUCUAGUAUACUCAGCUACUGUUCAAAGAUCAACUAUUGUCUCACAAGGCUUUGUUUUACCAGAUAACCAGGCUGUAGUGCACGCUGGAUGGGGAGCUACUAGUUUAAACGGCGAGCCAUCCGUGGUCCUCCAGGACGUUACCAUCUAUGUGAUUAACAGAAACCUUUGCGCUCAACGCUAUGGUGGUAACACCAUUACUGCCAACAUGAUCUGUGCUGGUAUCCUGAACGUUGGUGGUCGUGACGCUUGCCAAGGAGACUCUGGUGGUCCCUUGUACGCAGGCAAUGUUGUCGUUGGUGUUGUUUCCUUUGGAAAUGGUUGCGCUGACGCUUACUACCCCGGUGUCAGCACACAAGUUUCAUCGUAUACUAACUGGAUUGUGGCUAACGCUCCAUCUUCCCAAGCUAAAAGUCAAUUUAUCGUCGGAGGACAAGAAACCACCAUCGAAAAAUAUCCGUCUCUAGUACAAAUAGAGUUCUAUUUCCCUUGGCUCGGAGUUUGGGAUCAGCAAUGCGGUGGAAAUAUUCUAACAUCUUAUUGGCUUCUUACUGCUGCGCACUGCUUUAAUGAAUGGUGGUAUAACCCUAAGAACACCCGUAUAAGAGCUGGUUCCUCUUACCGUCAUACUGCUGGAAGUGUGCACUACGUAGACUUUGAACGCAAUCAUCCAGACUAUGGAAAACUUUCAAGCUAUGACGCCGAUAUUGCUGUUUUUAAACUGCUCACCCCUCUCGUCUACUCACCAUCUAUACAGAGAGGAGUUAUUGUCAGCAGGGGUUUUGUUUUACCCGACAAUUUCCCUGUAGUUCACGCUGGAUGGGGCACCAUUCAUUACAACGGGCCAUCAUCUCACGUACUUCAAGAUGUUACAAUUAACGUGGUGAACAGAGAUGUGUGUGCUUCGCGUUAUAGACCAAAUACAAUCACAGAGAACAUGAUCUGUGCUGGUGUCCUCGACGUGGGUGGUCGUGAUGCUUGCCAAGGGGACUCCGGUGGACCGAUGUAUGCUGAUGACGUCAUAGUUGGCAUCGUCUCCUUUGGAAUGGGAUGUGCUGAUCCAAGAUACCCUGGUGUCAGUGCUUCUGUUGCAUCUUACACUGAUUGGAUUAUUGAAAAUGCACAAUAA